UUACAAAUUACUUUACAAAAACAUAACCUUAAUUUAGCUUAAGGUUCUGUUGACAGUUAAAUACGUAAAUUAUAAAUAACGGUUCAUGUUUUCAAUUACAUAUUAUGAAUGUUAUAUAAAAACUAAAUAAAUCAUGGACGAAUUAAUAUUGUAUCAUCAUAGAAAUAAUACUCUAAGUACUUUAUGUAGACUAUGUCUCGAUCAAACUGGGACAACCGAUAUUUUUCAGGAUUGUACUUUACCAGACAAGAUUUCUGCUAUAACAGGUAUAAAAGUUGAUACUUUAACUCCAUUUCCAAAAAAGCUUUGUGAUAAUUGUUAUGGAAUAAUUCAAUUAACAAGCGAAUUUCGGGAGUCAGUUAUUAUUAAUGACAAACAGCUGCAGGAUUUUGCUAAACUUUAUUUCUCUUCGGAAAUUUUGCCUUCCUCUAAUGAAGCUGUACCACAAGAGACAAGAGCCACAGAACCUGCGAUUUGCAAUACACAGCUCCAAGAAAGCCAUGUUCAAUCAAUAAUUAGAGUUAGAAAUGAUUUGUUUUCAAAUAAAGUAAUCAAUAUUCUCGUCAAACAACUAAUGGCAUGGGUGAUUUAAGUUCUUUAGAAAAACAAAAGGAACAAUUACCUCCAGAACGUCAAAACUGUGAUCCCUUAAAUACAAAUGAAUCAAUAUCAGCACCAAUGGAGACAAUCAUAAUAGACGAUGAGGAUGUAGUUGAACAAAGCAGUGAUAGUUCAGAUAUAGACGGAAUAACAAAUAAAUUGUAUAUCGAUGAAACAGCAAAUUUAUGUGAUCAAGACACUGUGAAUGAGAGUGAAAGAGAACUAAGAGAAAAUGAUACAUUAGCAAUGAAUUCAGCUCUUCAAACGGAUGGCACUUCUAGAAUUUCAAUGGAAUCAGUUGAUACAAUUAUAUUAGAGAAUGACGAUUCACCCCAACAAAGAAAUGUCUGCCAAGUUCUACCGAUGGAAAGAGUUGGAAAUGAUUUGUGUAUAGAUGAUUCUCGUGCAAAUAUUGAAAAUGACCCGAAACUAAUACAAGAUUUAAAUAAAAAUGGACAAAUUCGAAACUUUUCAAAUGAUGAUAAUUGGGAAGUAAUUAUUACAUAUGAAUCUCUUGCAGAGGAUAUCGAAAAUACGUCAAAUACAUCCAAAAAUUAUGAUUGUAUUAAAAAAUCUAAUAAGCAUAAAAAGUCACCAUCCAGACAUAAUGUAGAAAUUAAAAAGGAAAUUGCCAUAGACCAGGAGGAUAUAAAGUCUUCAAAGAGGAUAAAAUUUGAGGACGGUUUUGAAUAUAAUUGUGACCAGUGUUCAAAAUUUUUUAUGUCGAAGAAAAAACUGUACUGCCAUAAGAGGGUUCAUAAUAAAAAGUAUGAAUGCUUAAUAGCAGGUUGUAAAAAAACCUUCGCAACGAAAGGAGAUCUUCAAAAACAUACACGCACUCACACUGGCGAGAGACCGUACGAAUGUGAUAUAUGUGAAAAGAAAUUCAGACAGAAAAUAUUAUUGAGAUAUCAUAAAGGCUCAAUUCAUGGUAUUAAAAUAAAGACCGACGAAGAAAUUGCUCAUAAAAUUUGAUGAAUAGGAGUUGUGCUGGGAAUAACGGAUAUGUUUUAAAUGUGUUGAGAAUCACAAAGAAGUGACGGUCGACGGAACCACACGUAAUUUAAGAAGAAACUCUUAAGGCUGAAUGUAUUUUAAAUAAUUGUUCGUUUUAUCUAGUACGUGGUACUUUGGUUUGUUUGAUAUUAUCAAAAAAUUACUUGAUCUUUUUUUUACUGAAAUUAAUAUGAAUAAUGUAGAUAUUGUUUACCGUAAUUUAAUAUUUAAGUUUUAACCCUUAUGUAAAUUUUGAGUAGUCGUUAAUAAAAAACAUGUUUUAGGUUACUAAUUUGACAGUACCUGUUCUUUCUUGUUGCGCCUUAUAAAGGAUGAAUUUCAUUAGACUUUAAAGUGAAAACUGCCGUCCAUACCCUACCAUACUAGCCUCACGAAUGUAGCACCGAUUUAUUAAGUGAUUAAUACUAAUAUGCAGCCGUCGUGUAUAGGAGACCCCAUUUUCCUCGCCCUCCUGUUAUAAUAAAAAAAUACAAAUAAAAUGAAGUUAUCAUUUUUGGUUGUAAAUAGUCUAUAGUAUUGAAUAUAUAUUAUCAUAUAGUCUAUUUUAGAGCUCAGUGAAACAAGGCAAGUUCAUUAAUAAAUUAUUUAAAUUAGGAACAUUCAUUAUUCCAUUAAAAAUGUCAGUUUUUCAGACAUUGACAUUUGACACAUUCAGGCAAUAAUAUGCUUUUCUCAUACUAUAAGUUACAAAACGUCUGAAUUAAUUCU